AUAAAGGAGCACUAGAGAAAGCACACCCUGUAGCUUAAUUAGGGAGGCAGACAUAAUCAAGACACCACCCAGCUCAACAACAAGACAGAGCAACCCAAACACCACAUCUCAAAGGGCGAGAAGUUCCCGUCAGAGGAACAUGCCUUCAGCGGCCGAAAUUGAUGAGUUCUUUGCUUACACAGAGCAGCAGCAACAGUGCCAUUUUGCCGACAAGUACAACUUUGAUGUUGUGAGUGAUGUGCCACUGCCGGGGCGAUAUGACUGGGUGAGAGUGAACCAAUAAUAAGCCGAGGAAGCAGCCCGCAGCAGAGUGAAGAAACCAAAGGAAAGGGGAAGUGGUGUGUGGCUCAAGCUCUCAUUUGAGUUAUAGACCAAAAAGUUAGUGUAGAAGGAGACUAGAAAUGUGUGAUUUAUUAAUCAUCUGUAAAGUAACAGGGCUGAUAAAAUUACACACAACACAAACACACACACACUAACCAUCCAUUUGUGGAAGCAUAUUAGUCGUGUCGUCAUUUAUCAUGACAGACAUAAACUAUGUAGGAUUUUCAUUUUCUUGUAACAGCGUAUUAACAUUUCUUCAUAAUUCUGCAAUGGGAAUAAUAUCGAGUAUUUGCGUACCCUUUUUAUUUUUAUUUUUUGGAGCGAGGACCGAAGAUGUAAAUAAGUUCAGAAAUGGAAUCAGUGGGAAGACCGACCAGUCUCCUGUCCUCAGCCUAGACAGAGUCCACAUGUUCACGUGAAGUUUGCGACUUAACGCCAAACCAUGGUUUUCAGCUACUCAAGCCAGACAGCGCUGUUGGUAGCACCAACAUUGCUGUUGGGCUGGUUUAGCCAGAACCAUGGUUGGUUUAGUCAGCCGUUAGCCGAUGUCAAAAAAGUAGCCAUCCAUCCCGUCAACUUUGAAGUGCAGCCGGUUGAGGGAGUCGGCGAUGGAGGCGAGGUUGGCCCGGGCCUGGGGUUUGCCUGGGCCAGCAGCCGAACAACGCCGUGGCGCGGCAGUGGCAGGUCGGGCGUUGUCCGACCGCUUCUUGAAGGUCUGGGUGCUGAUCACCCAAAUCUUCGUGGUCUUCGUGAGUGGGCCAACUGUGGUGGUCACCUUGAACCGUUCAAGGAUGUCCAUCACCACGAACGGGUACGGGAGGAGGUGAUCGUGGUCGGUGGAUGCGGUAAUCGUCAUGUUGAUCAUGACAAACUUCGCCCAAUUAAUUGGCGCCGAGUGCAUUAUCGCAUGGAGGAGCUUGAGGUCCUCAUCGGACAUGAUCGUGUGCCCAUGCUUCCGGGGCUUGAUGAUUCGGGACACGAUGUAGAGAAGAAGCUGGCUCUCGAGUUUUGCGGAGUGGAUGGUGGGGCGGCCCGAGGCAUGGCAGAUAAGCUCGGUGAUGCCAAGCUCAGUGAGGAUAAGGCCCUCGUUGUUGAGCACCUAGUCCUCUCCGCCAUAUUGGGAGACGUUGUCGCCUUGGUAGGGGAGGCCGGCGAUGCGCCCAAGCUGCUCAACAGAAAGUUCUAUCGGCAUGCUCUUGUCAAGAGAGUAGAGCACGUCGCCCUCACGCCGGAGGUUGGAGUAGAAGACCCGAAUCAGCGCCGGGUUGAUCUCCUUCCGAGCCCGAGAGACGAAUGGCCAAAGGCCGGAUUGAUGAAGCUGCGCGUCGAGGUCGUCGUAGCCCUGCAGCUCCGGGAAGCGCUACGGGAUGAUCCGUGGGGGAGCCACAACCCGUUUAGAAAAGAAAGUGAGAAAGCGGGUGCGCUCCUCCUCGGAAUCGAACCAGAGGUACGACCCAUCGCCGUAGUAGAGGCGUUCAAUUUGAGAAACAAAAGCCAUGUGACCUACGGUGUCCCUAAGAGAAUUACGAGUACUUACCCCGCGGUUGAUGCUGCCGAUUACCUGGUCAAGUGGAUGGUUCCUGUGCAUUCUCCAAGCGAUGGGAAGCUCGGUUUCCUCUUGUUCCUGGGCUUCCGCUUGUUCUUCUUCGUCCGCUUGGUCCUCAUUUUCGACCAUCACUUGAGGUGUUUCCUCAGGUUGUGGUUGCGGGUUGGUGUAUAAUGGCGUGUCUUCUUCAUCGUCUUCAACGUGCAAUCUUUUGAGUGAAUUUACAAGAUCAUCACAAAUAGCCUUUCUCGCCAAGCGAGCAUUAUCUUCGGAAAAUACAACAUGAGGGGAUUCCUCAAUA